GAAAACAAAGGUUUAGAAUGUUGGACUUCCUUAGUAAAUUGUUAAACAAUUAGCAAAUUGCUAACUAGUAAAUUGUUGAACUCUAAACAAUAGUUUGUUUAAAAUUUGGCGCCAAUGAAAAGAAGGUGAAGUGGUGAUCGGUAUUCGAGGAACUGUGGGAUUAUGAUCCUCAAGGUGCUGAUGUGAUCAUUGCAAGAGAAUUUACCUCGGAAUCCUGUUCGUUUAGGGAAAAAUGUUGCUUGCAGGUGUUCUUUUAUGUGUUUUACAACAACCUUGGCUACAAUUUUAUCCGCUACAGUUUACCAAUACUUCUUCAAUUUUCGCACUUUACGAAGUGUCCCUAAAAUUAAUUACAAACAGUGACCUUGACAUGUUCACUAUCUUACCCUUUUAAAACACAGAAUUUCUUGCUCAAUAUAAACAAAUUCUUGUUUUGUAUUUUUUUUUGCACUGAUAAUCAAUUAUUAACAAUAAUUUAUAGGUUGCCCCGUUGCAGGAUUAUUGUCUGCUAGAAUCGGAAGAAAAUGGACUUUGCUUUCGAGUUCAGCAUUUUUUACCUCGGCUUUUACUCUUUUUCUAAUUGCAUAUAAUAUUUGGUUUAUAUAUGUAGCCAGAGUUCUGCAGGGUAUAGCAGUCGGACUUGUUUGUACAACGAUGCCAACUUACAUCGCUGAAAUUGCGACAAAUAUGACUCGCGGUCCACUUGGUUCUCUAUUGACAGUUUUUAUGGUUUCAGGAAUUCUUUAUGUGUAUUGCAUUGGACCAUUUGUCACCUAUAUGACGCUACAAUGGUGUUGUCUAGCUAUUCCGAUUAUUUUCUUUGUGACGUUCUCCUUCAUGCCAGAAACUCCUUACUUCUAUGCUAUGAAGGGAUUCGAACCCGAGGCUAUAAAAUCAUUACAAUUUCUUCGAGGGCAGAGUGCUGAAACAGUCGAGGAUGAAAUGAAUCAAAUUCAAGCCGCAGUCAGCUCUGAUAUGACAGCUACUGGGAGCUUCAAAACUAUUCUGUGUAAUCCUCAGAAAAGCAUUCAUUAUAUGUUGUGGUCUUCUAACAUUCCAGCAGCUGAGUGGUACCAGUGCAGUUGUAUUUAACAGUCAAUCGAUCUUCACAAGUGCCAAAUCUACAUUAGAUCCUGCAAUUGCUACCAUUCUAAUUGGCCUUGUGCAACUUUUGGCAAAUCUUAUCACACCAUUUAUCGUUGCACGUCUGGGGCGUAAGCCAAUUCUCAUGACCUCA